AUGGCGGAAAGGCAACCUAUUCGGAAUGUGCCGGACUUGAAUUUGCAAGCAUUGCUACGCGAGGUGGAACGAUUGUUCGAUCAAAAGUUAGAACCGAUUCAAGAUAGACUUGAUCAUGUGGAAGGAAGAGCCCAACGAAGGAGAACUCCCUUAAGCCCUCCGAGAAAUCGAGGACGGCAAUCUGAUGUCGAUGAUGAAUCUUCCGAGUCGAAUGAACACGAAAGCCGAUCGGAUCCCGAAGCUUAUCUCGAGUGGGAGAAAAAGAUAGAGCUUAUAUUUGAAUGCCAUAACUAUUCUGAGACCAAGAAAGUUAAGUUGGCUGCUAUCAAAUUUUCGGACUACGCAAUGGUGUGGUGGGACCAACUUACAACUAGCCGAAGGCGAAAUGGCGAGCGUCUUAUCCAAACAUGGUCCGAGAUGAAGGCUGUAAUGCGACGACAUUUUAUCCCUUCGUACUACCACCGGGAGUUGUACCAAAAACUUCAAAAUCUUACACAAGGGACGAGAAGCGUGGAGGAUUACUUCAAGGAGAUGGAAGUAGCCAUGAUUUCAGCGGAUGUGGAGGAAGAUCGAGAGGCAACUAUGGCUCGUUUCUUAGCCGAACUUAACCGUGAAAUAGCCAACAUAGUUGAGUUGCAACACUACGUGGAGAUCGUUGAUAUGGUUCACAUGGCGAUCAAAGUCGAAAAGCAACUCAAGAUGAAAGGAGCCGUACGAGGUUAUUCCUCUUCGAAUGCAUCCAAAUGGAACCAAGGGACAAGUAAGAAUGUUUCAAUGAAUCAAUCAAAAGAAAUUGCGGUGCCCAUGAAGUCCAACAAGUCUAUGGUCGAAUCUAGCAAAGGUAAGGCCAUUGAAAAUACUCAAUCCCGAACACGUGAUAUUAAGUGUUUUAAAUGCCAAGGGAGAGGGCACAUCGCAAGCCAAUGCUCAAAUCGUAACACAAUGAUCAUGCUUCCCAAUGGUGAGAUUGAAUCGGAGGAUGAAGUAGACAAAAACGAAGAAGAAGUUCAACAUCCAUCCGAAAAUGAAGAAGAAGUAGAGUUUGCUGUUGAAGGCGAAAUGCUCGUUGUAAAAAGAAGUCUUAGUGCGCAAAGCUCUAUAGGUGAACCGCAACGCGAGAAUUUGUUUCAUACCCGAUGUUAUGUUCAUGGAAAGGUUUGUAGCAUUGUAAUCAAUGGCGGGAGUUGCACAAAUGUUGCAAGCACACUUAUGAUCGAGAAGUUGUCUAUGCCGACCCUCAAGCACCCGAGUCCUUACAAGUUACAAUGGCUCAAUGAAGGAGUCGAACUUAAGGUAACCAAACAAGCAAUGAUUCCCUUUUCAAUUGGAAAAUACCAAGACGAGAUUUUGUGCGACGUUGUACCUAUGCAUGCGGGCCACCUACUGCUUGGGAGGCCGUGGCAGUUUGAUCGGCGAGUCAAGCACGAUGGGUUUUCUAACCAAUACUCGUUCAAGCACAAAGGCAAAAACGUCACUUUGGCCCCAUUGUCUCCACAACAAGUGAUGGACGAUCAACAACGCAUAAAGCAAUCCUUGGUUAAACCAAGCAAGGAAUUACGAUUACAUUAUAUUCCUGAGGAGAGAAGGUUCAUAUUGCGAGAAUACGGUAAAACCGAUCCUCAAAUCCAUAAUCUCAAGGAUAGACAAGGUUUGGUUUCUGAAGAACUAAAAACAUCUCUAUCUUGUUCAAAAGGUGAUGACAUUCGUGAAUAUGACAAGCUAGGUUCGGUCAAUGAACAUAAUGGGGUCAUUCAUGAAGCAACUAUUGCUGAAAAAUUACCAGCAUUAAUUGGCAAUUUGAACAGCCAUUUAGAAGUGUGA